CUCGGUUCAUGCAUGACGCGCGUCAGUCGAGUUGAGCGUAAAAAUCUGCCCGAGUCUCUCGGCUGUCAUGAUGACUUGAGGACCGGUGAACCGGCUGUAGAGCAGUGCAUGCAGAAGACGGAUCGACGUUACCAGUUAUUGCGCAACACUUGCGGACAUGAUCACACUGUACUGGCAUUUUGCACUAGGCCUACUCCGUGGCCACGAUCUCAAGUUGAGUCUUUGCUUGAUGCUACAUGUACCUCCAUUCCCUGCCUUCAUUUCAAGUAUUUUUCAGCCAGCUCAUCUAAAAAGUAAAAUUCAGCACAACGUUAGAUCUGACUAUAUUAAAGUCAGUAACAUAAGUUUGGUCUAGCUUUUUAGACAAGAAAAAUUGUUAUUUCAAUUGACGAAAACAGGACACUUCUGACGCUAUGUCUGGAACAAUUUUCACUCCAACAAAUCAGAUCCGGUUAACGAAUGUUGCCAUCGUAAGAAUAAAGAAAACUGGUAAAAGAUUUGAGAUAGCCUGCUACAAGAACAAGGUCAUGUCAUGGAGAAAUAAAGUAGAGAAGGACAUUGAUGAGGUUUUACAAACGCAUUCAGUAUUUGUGAAUGUCUCCAAGGGUCAGGUCGCCAAGAGAGAAGAUCUUGUCAAAGCUUUUGGAACAGAAGAUACCACAGAGAUUUGCAAACAAAUUUUAACCAAGGGUGAACUGCAGGUCUCUGACAAAGAGCGUAGCCAGCAGCUUGAGUCCAUGUUCCGUGAUAUUGCAACAAUCGUAGCUGAGAAGUGUGUUAACCCCAACACUAAGAGACCGUAUACUGUAGGCAUGAUAGAAAGAGCAAUGAAAGAUAUACACUAUUCAGUUAAACCAAACAGAAGUACAAAGCAACAGGCUCUGGAGGUCAUCAGGAAACUACGUGAGACUGAGACCAUGGCAAUAGACCGUGCUCAGAUGAGGUUGAGGAUUGUUCUUCCGGGGAAAGAAGCCAAGAAGGUGAAGAGCAAAUUGAUCCAACUCAUAGCUACAGUUGAAGAGGAACAUUUCAGUGAUGGUUUAGAAAUGGUAUGCCUAGCUGAUCCUGGAUGCUACAGAGAGAUGGAGGAACUGGUCAAGGAGAGUACCAGAGGGAAGGGGAUGGUGGAGGUAGUCAGUCUCAAGGAGGUGGAAGAAGGAGAUGAGAGAUUAGAAUGAAACAUCCUCAUCACUCUUAACCCAUCGACUACUGAACUCUACCAUUUCCAUGGACAUUGUACAUGGACCACAAGGUUCUAGUUGGCAAUGGGUUAAUCUGUGGAUGAAUGCACCAGUUUUUGCUCCGAUCUCCAAGUAGGAUUUAUGGCAGAGUUGUUGUACAACCAGAGAUUCUUUCUUGGUAUAACCAGAGUUCGAUCUUGGGUUUACAAUUGAAUGUUGUACAACCGACCCAAUUUUAAAUGGGUCAAUGAAUAUUUGGUUGCAUGGAUGAGAAUGCAUUAACCAUCUCGAUUUCUAAUCAUAGGGGAUUUUCAGUAAAACCAAAACUUGCUUUCAUAGGCCCAUAUUCUGAACUCUGGUUUCACUUUAAACCAUAGUCCAAAGUUAUUUUUUUAACAAUAGGUAUUUUAAGGUGACACCAAUCUCUAUGAUUACAUGAUCAAUUUAUCUUCAUAGUUUGAAUUCAUA